UCAGAUAACAUUUUAAAGCAAAACGUUAAUGAAAAUAAAAGUGUAAACAAUAGUUUAAAAUUAAAUCAAUCCAUAAGCUUUGCACAACAGAGCACUUCACAGCAAGAAAGCUACCACAGUCAGUCUACUAAAUUUAACAUGGUUAAGUUUUCAACUCAGCAUUAUAUCGUGGAACACUUGCUCAAACGAAUCCUCACUCAAACAUCUGGUGAAAUACCUUUUGAUCUGAUGGAAAAAGAAUUGGUCCACUCAGUUUCUAGUGUGUAUGAAGAUCACGUUUUCUCCCAAGCUGAUGCAGGGGUGCAAUGUCAGAUGUCACUAAACUCAAAAGAAACCGUCUCAUUAGACGCAACUUCUGCGCACCAUUCAACCACAAACGAAUCUCAUCUUAACGCAGGGAAAACUCCUCUACUUGGAUUUUGCAAAAGCUAUUUAAAGUUUUAUGAAAACACCGAAAUAGAUGUUGACGUUUUGCGGGACAUGUACAUGAUUUCACUGAACAACCUCACUCAUCUGACCCAACUCGCCAUCAACUACAGUUUGCUAGCCGAUGGAACGGGGGAUGCCUUGUUGUCUGUGGGGAGCAUAGCAAAGGGAAGGUUGAAACAUCUUAAGCUGCUGUGCGAACCAGAAGACAUCCCUUCUCCGACUCAUCAGCUGUAUGAGGCCGAAGCCCUUCAAGCUAUUCCAGAUUUGGUGUGGCACUAUGUUAGAGAAAAGUGCCCAGAUUUGGAGGUCCACAUCGUCUGUGUGUCGAUGAGUGCUUAUGAUGUUACAAAACGUUUUGUUACCCGGUCCAUGCCACUGAGCAGCUUUUGUAUGGAAAACGGAUUUUGCCCUACAUCAGCAGUUCCUGAGCUCACCAUCUUUUGCACCCUGAAAUGUUUGUGGCUGGACCAUGCAGAGACAUUAGAACAUGUAAACCUUACUCUGUGGCAUUCUACCGGAAGAAUAGACUCGUCUCUUGUCGAGUUAUUAAAGAGAACCAGACUGUCCAGUUUUGCUUAUCAUGGCCCCUUGCAGAAGAAGAAAUCCGUUAACGAAAUGUGUGAUGCUGCUUUAAACUCCUCCAAAAUGAAGAGCUUCAAGUUAAUGAUUCAAGGUGAUCCAUGUUUCCCUUCCAACGCCAAACAGGCAAGCAGUCACAUUUACAAUCAAUACAUUCAUCGAUUCCAAGAUAAAUCCAUCGAAUUUACAUUAGGAACAUUCAGUUAGUGAUAUAUAUAUGUCUGAAACAUUUACAAACAUUGUAUUAUUGCAUAAUAAAUAUAUAUUUAUAGGCUAAAUGUUCUGUAAGCAAUUUAAUUUAAAAAUAU